UCUUCAGAUAGAGCGAAGGCAAAGACACAACUUAACAACUAUCCGAGGGAUCGAACGAAUUUUGGUGGAAAAUAAGAUAUUCCUUUUCGGAGCCUUUUGGAUCUCUUCUCCACCCUACUGCUGGCUAUUCGCUCCGUGGUCAUACUGGGAGAAAGAGGUCGACUAAAACACUAUUCAAUCAACUCCAGUUGAAGCGAGGGUUCCUGCUUUAUCGCCGACCGUCCUUAUCUGGAGCGGGGCUGUCUCUCUGACUAUUCCGGAGUUCUUUUACCAUUUUGUGGAGAUAAAUGAACCAGUGACCCUCUAACUCAGGAUAAGGCAUAUCAAACCGUCUCAACUACCCAAGAAGAAGACUCCAGGCUUCAGAAUGUACCAAAGCUUGGCUUUAUCCUCCAACCCGUCUCCAUACGCACAUGACACUGGGAACUACAUCCACCCCUCGGCAAGCUCCCCCGUGUAUGUGCCCACCACCCGGGUGCCAGCCAUGCUGCAGACCCUCCCCUACCUGCAGACGUGCGAGUCUACCCAUCAGUCGCACGGCCUCGGUGGGCACCAUGGCUGGCCACAGUCGAGCACGGAAAGCUCCUCUUUUAACCCCGGCAGCCCUCAUCCUCCCCCUGGAUUCUCCUACUCCCAUAGUCCUCCGGUAAGCAGUAGCACCGGUAGGGACUCUGCGUACCAGAACCCCCUGGUACUGAGCAACAGCGGCCGAGCUGACCAAUAUGGAGGCGCCUUGGUGCGCUCGGUUGGGGGAUCCUACUCAAGCCCGUACGCUGCUUAUAUGAGCCCAGAUAUGACUACGACCUGGACGCCUGGACACUUCGAUGGUGGCAUGAUCAGCCUUCAGGGACGACAGGGCGCGCUAUCUGGAAGAAGGUCCAGUUUGGACAUGUUGGAGGAGUUGCCGGGCGAAGGCCGCGAAUGUGUGAACUGUGGCUCUAUCUCCACCCCGCUGUGGAGGCGAGAUGGCACGGGACACUACCUGUGCAACGCCUGCGGCCUUUACCACAAGAUGAACGGCAUCAACAGACCGCUGAUCAAGCCCCAGAAACGCCUUCAGACCACCUCUCGCCGAGUGGGCCUGUGCUGCACUAACUGCCACACCAGUACCACCACCCUGUGGCGCCGCAACGCGGAGGGGGAGCCCGUCUGCAACGCAUGCGGACUCUAUAUGAAGCUCCACGGGGUGCCCAGGCCGCUGGCUAUGAAGAAAGAGAGUAUUCAGACCAGGAAGAGAAAACCAAAGAUGCCCAAGACCAAAACGUCCUCAGGGUCCUCAGCCUCCGGCACCAGCUCGCCCUCCUCUCUGUCUGUGUCUGAGAACGCCUCCACGAUAAAGAGUGAACCCAACAUGGCGCCCUCCCCAUACGCCGGGCAGACCAUCGUAUCCGUCUCCCAGGCAUCUUCCCAGCUGGAGAGCACAAGUUCAGGACAUGUGGAUAUCAAAUAUGAGGACUAUUCUUUCACCCCCACCUCCAUCGCUGCGCAGAACUCUUGGUGUGCUUUGACCCAGGCGUGAUCUCUCUUCCCUGGGGAAGGAAGAGAAGGGGGGUGGGCGGGUCGGCUGAAGGGGACCCUCCUCACUGGUGCCCUGGAGCAACCCAGAGCCAUGCUACAAUCCUGCUACGUGUGGAUGCACACAGGCCCUUGAUAACUACCUAUUGUUGUAAUUAUAGAACUCUUCAUCCUCUCCCACACGGCAACACUGGCAGAGUUUGGUCUGCUCUGCUCUGUGUGUGCACGAGCUCGAGGGAGAAGAAUGUUAAGUGGAUCGUGAAGGACUUUGAGAUGCACAGAGGCAUUGAAUGACUUAUGACUUAUGACUAUGAAUGGCUGCAGUUCAGUUUUUAUUUUGUUUUGUGGUAGUAUGUGUUCCACGUAUCAGUUGUUGGUAUCAUUCACGUUUCUUUUUUUUUUAACAAGCUUGGCUGCUGGACAGAUUAACAGCCCGCCACGAGUCAACAAGUUGUCUGCGGGUGCACGAAACUCGAAAAUGCUGGAGCAGUGUUGGGAGAGAGAGAGAGAGAGAGAAAAAAAUUACAAUCUUUUUAUGACUUCUGAAAUUGUUUCAAUACUCAAAAUGUAAAUGAUUAACUUUUAAAGACACAUUAUUUAUGUUGAGAUAAGGACAGCCAAGAAAACACAAAGUGUUCCCACAAAACCGUCCUUUCUCUCUCUCUCUCUGUCUCUCUCUCUGUCUCUCUCUCUCUCUCUCUCUCUCUCUCUCUCUCUCUCUCUCUCUGCACAGAGACAGACAUUCUGUUUUUUCUUCUUCUUUGUGAUGUCAGAAAUUCCGACUCUCCACUUGGCCACCUCUGCUCGUGUGCGAGAUUGAGAGAUAGGCCGUGGUGCUCUUUUGCCUUUGUUAAUUGGUGUAUUUUAAUGGUGUAUGUCUGACAAUCUUGAAGUGCAAUGACCCUCCCCUGUCUGUUUUAAAAGAAACAUUUUACAAAGGGACACAUGUUAAUUGUGUAAGAUGUUUGUUCUCUCUGUGUUUUGAGUAUGUUAACCAAAAUGUAUUUGCAGCAUUUUGUUGAAUUAUAAGGGAAUGAUAUUAAUAUUUUAUUUGCCUCUGAAAAAAAUCACUGGGCCAGGGGUAUAUUGUCUGAGUAUGUUUGUUGUUUUUAUUUUAUUUUUUGUGAAGCUCUUCCUUAGAUUAAUAAACCAACAAUUUACCAUACUCACCCCAUAGUAAUACUAUGUAUGGGCAUGUAUUCCUAAUUCAAGCUAAACCUCUCCAAACAUUAAGUGUGAAUGUUGAAUUUAUUUUCCGACCCAUGUUUUCUUUUUUUCCUGAAAAAGAAAAAUGACAUUUCAAUUAGUAAACAUUGGAACAAGUCAGAUGUAAUUAUGUAUUUAUGUAAUGAAUUGAAUUGUA